CAACAAAGCGGGGGAUCGGUCAGGGCAACAAUUAAACGUCCAACGCCGCCAUCACCAAUUUUCCCUCUGCGGGCGCAGCCAACGCAGAGUGCGCCAACAUAUAACUCUCGUCUGUUUCGAGCCGACUUGGUGCAUCUGAUUAUAUCCACGACUUUCUUUUGGACUUUUAUUAGCAGUACAACAUGUCUGCCCGACCUAGUCGCCGCGCCGCGGCAUCGCGACGUACCGCCGUUGUGGACUCAUCAGAUGAAGACGAGAUCGCAAACACUACAAAAAUGCCUGAGGACAGCGAGGAGGAGUUCACACCCGCACCCAAGCGGAGCCCGCGCAAAUCAACCGCGGCUAGCAGCAGACGCAGGACAGUUGAUCCAGAUGCCAGCACAUUGACCACUGCCAGCAUAUCGAGUACUCUCCCUCGUCGCGGUCGUCCCAAGAAAAGCCUCGCGCCGCCCGAGGAGCCCAGUCAAAUCUUCAACCCUGACGAAUCUGUAGCGACUGUGACUGAACCGCAGUCGCCGCCCAAGAAGGCCGCUCCGCGCAAGCGCAAGAGUGCUGCACCUCGAGCCGUUGAGCCAGAGACCACACCGGAGCCAAGCCAGUUGGAGCCAAGUCAUUUGGCCACGCCUACACAAACGCCCAAACCAAAGGUCUCACCAGAUGUCUCCACGGUCUCGGCAUCGCCGCUGGCUGAUAUUACCAGCACCAGCAUAAACGAGAAAAGGCGGCCUUCCGAAGAAACAUUGGCAGCCGUGAAGCCGAUACGGGCAAUGGACACAAUAUUGGAGAAGCCCAUGGAUAUUGUGCUCAAGUCACGAACCCUGACGGUACCGAUUAUUGAGGAUACAACCCCCAAACCGCGGAUAGUGAUCACCUAUCUCAUUAUGACAAACUUCAAGAGUUACGCCGGGAGACAAGAGGUCGGGCCUUUUCACUCAUCCUUUUCCUCCGUGGUCGGUCCCAACGGCUCUGGCAAGUCUAAUGUCAUCGAUUCUCUCCUCUUCGUCUUUGGUUUCCGUGCCAGCAAGAUGCGUCAGGGGAAACUCUCUGCCUUGAUUCACAACUCUGCGCAGUACCAGAACCUAGACCAUUGCGAGGUUGCAGUCCACUUUCGUGAGGUCUUGGAUUUACCCGGAGGUGGACAUGAAGUCAUCCCCAACUCUGACCUGGUCAUCUCCCGAAAGGCCUUCCGUAACAACUCAAGCACAUACUACAUCAACAAUAAGACUUCAAACUUCACAACUGUUACAACUCUGCUCAAAGAACGUGGUGUUGAUCUGGAUCACAAGCGUUUUCUGAUUCUUCAGGGUGAGGUCGAGUCCAUUGCUCAGAUGAAACCAAAGGCCGGUAACGAGCACGAGGACGGGCUUCUGGAGUACCUGGAGGACAUCAUUGGUACUUCCAAGUACAAGACACCUAUUGAGGAGGCAGCAGCUGAGGUUGAGACGCUCAACGAAAUUUGCACCGAGAAGAAUGGUCGUGUUCAACACGUCGAGAAGGAAAAGCACAGCCUUGAAGACAAGAAGAACAAGGCUUUGGCGUUCAUCCGUGACGAAAAUGAACUUGUGUCUAAGCAGGCGGCCUUGUAUCAGCUAUACAUCAGUGAACUUGAUGACAACUUGGCUGUCACCGAGGAGGCAAUCACACAGCAGCAGGCGCAGCUUGAUCUCGAACUGCAAAAGCAUGAGGGAAGCGAGCAGAUCAUCAAACAACUCCAGAAAACGUAUGGCAAGAUCAGCAAGGAAUUUGAGACUCAAGACAAGGAGGCCCAGGUCUUGGCCAAAGAAUUAGCCAAGUUCGACCAGGAGCGGGUCAAGUUUGAGGAGAAGAGGAAGUUCCUGACGGACAAGCAGAAGAAGCUGGAGAAGACCAUUGCAAACGCAGAGAAUUCGGCUGCUGAAGGGGAGGAGACGAUUGAGAAAUGUACCGAGGAGAUUGAGCUCCAUGGCCGCGAUAUCGAGUCCUUGGAGGAGCGUAUUAAGGAGGAGGAGGAGGAACUGGCCACGAUCCGCGACAGCCUCAAGGGCAAGACUCAGGCCUUCUCCGACAAGAUUGCCGUUAAACAAAAGUCACUCGAGCCUUGGAAAGAAAAGAUCAACCAAAAACAGUCUGCUAUUGCUGUUGCUGAAAGUGAGCUGACAAUCCUCAAAGAGAAGGCCAACUCUGGUGCUGUUGCACUAGAGGAGCUUGAAGCCAAGAUCGCCACAAUUGAGGGAGAGCGUGUCGCCAAGUCCAAGGAGUUGAAGCAGUGUCUAGCCGAGAAGGCGGGCCUCGAGAAGGAGGCACACGACAUUGAGGAAGAACUCAAGAAUCUCGCCGGACAGGAGCCCAAGAUCCGUGCUAAAGUGUCCAACGCGAGGCAAAAGGCUGAUGAGGCCCGCUCCAGCCUGGCACAAACACAAACUCAAGGCAAUGUCUUGACUGCUCUGAUGCGCAUGAAGGAGUCUGGUCGUAUCGACGGCUUCCAUGGCCGUCUAGGAAACCUCGGUACAAUCGAGCAAAAGUACGACGUGGCCAUCUCCACAGCAUGCCCUGCUCUGGACAAUUUUGUUACCGACACAGUCGAAGCCGGACAGCAAUGCAUUGAAUAUCUCCGCAAGACGAACCUCGGCCGUGGUAAUUUCAUUUGCUUGGACAAGCUCCGAUCACGAGACCUAUCUCCAAUCCAGACCCCAGAGGAUGCCCCCCGUCUGUUUGAUCUGAUUAGGGCAAAGGACGAUCGGUUCAGACCUGCAUUCUAUCACGCUCUCCAGGACACAUUGGUUGCCAAGGACCUCACUCAGGCAAACCGCAUUGCAUACGGCGCCAAGAGAUGGCGCGUUGUGACCCUCGACGGCGAGUUGAUUGAUAAGUCUGGAACCAUGUCUGGUGGUGGCACAACGGUCAAGAAGGGUCUGAUGUCAUCUAAACUAGUUGCUGAUACCACCAAGGAGCAAGUUGCAAAGCUGGAAGGAGAUCGCGACGGACUGGAAGCCAAAUUCGAGGAGUUCCAAGAGUACCAGAGAGGUCUAGAAACUCGCCUCCGUGAGCUCAAGGACGAGAUUCCUCGGUUCGAUACCAAGAUGCAGAAGUUGAAGCUCGAAAUUGACAGCGGCGCCAGGAAUCUUGCGGAUGUCCAGCGACGCAUUGAGGAGCUGAGCAGAGAGCACCAGCCGUCUCAGACGGAUGACAACCGCGCUGCCGUUCUGGAAAAGGAGAUCGCAAAGCUUCAAAAGGAGGUCGAAAAGCUGUACGGUGAGACCUCCAGCGUCGAGGAGGAGAUCAAGGUCCUGCAAGACAAGAUUAUGCAAGUCGGUGGAGAGAAGCUUCGGGCACAACGUGCCAAGAUCGACAGUCUAAAGGAAGAGAUCGCGACACACAACGAGGAGCUUUCCACCGCAGAAGUCAAGAAAGUCAAGGCAGAGAAGCAAAAGGUCAAGCUUGCAAAGGACCAUGCCAAGGCAACCAAAGAUCUCCAGGCUGCAGUGCGUGACCUGGAAUCACUGGAUGACGAGAUUCAGAAUCAGGGAGACAAGUCGGAAAGCCUCAGCUCAGCUGUCGAGGAGGCGCAAGAAGCCCUCAAAGUCAAGAAGAAGGAGCUGUCCGAACUCAAGGCAGAGCUUGACGAAAAGACUGCCGAGCUCAAUGCCACAAGGGCGACUGAGAUUGAAAUGCGCAAUAAGCUCGAGGAAAACCAGAAGGUUCUCAGCGACACAGAAAAGCGUCUUCGCUACUGGGAUGACAAGCUCUCCAAACUCGUCCUGCAAGAUAUCAACGACCUCACCGGUGAAAGCACUGCCGCUGCUGUGGCCGGUGAUGAGGAUGUUGCUAUGGAAGACGUCGCCAUGGAAGACGCUCCAGCUGAGCAAGAUGAUGAAGAGGCUGAGGCCGACAGGACGGCUGUUAAGGACGGGCCGCCUUCGUCACCUGCUCGCAGAGCUAAUGGUUCCGAGCCACUGCAAAUUCCUCGCUACACCAAGGAUGAGCUUGCAGACAUGGACAAGGAAACCCUCAAGAGCGAGAUCGCGACCCUGGAGGAACGUACACAGAACGUAAACGUCGAUCUCGGUGUCCUGGCUGAGUACCGGCGUCGUGUCGAAGAACAUGCUGCACGAUCCUCCGACCUGAACAGUGCGGUGUCGCAGCGUGACGCCGCCAAGAAGAGGUGCGAUGACCUUCGACGCCUUCGCCUCGAGGGCUUCAUGGAGGGCUUCAGCGCCAUCUCACUCAGAUUGAAGGAAAUGUACCAAAUGAUCACAAUGGGUGGUAACGCCGAGCUUGAGCUCGUCGACUCCCUGGAUCCUUUCUCUGAGGGUAUUCUGUUCUCCGUGAUGCCUCCCAAGAAAUCGUGGAAGAACAUUAGCAACUUGUCUGGUGGUGAGAAGACGCUGAGCAGUCUGGCGCUGGUUUUUGCUCUGCAUCACUACAAGCCAACGCCGCUGUAUGUCAUGGACGAAAUCGAUGCGGCGCUGGAUUUCAGGAACGUUUCUAUCGUUGCCAAUUACAUCAAGGAGCGGACCAAGAACGCACAAUUCAUCGUCAUUUCACUCCGCAACAACAUGUUCGAACUGGCGGCGCGACUCGUCGGUGUGUACAAGGUCAACCACAUGACCAAGAGCGUGACGAUUGAGAACCAGGACUACAUCAAACGUCCCGCUUCCCAAAGACAGCAGCAACAACAGCCGGCAGGUGCUUGAUGGAAUUUAGCUUUUUGGAUUUUCUGGUCGGUGUGGGUUUUGAUCCGAGGUUUAUGAAGUCAUGAGCCUGUUUUCUCUGGGUUUACUGUUUUUGUAAAGAAAGAAUAUGACAUAAUGCCUAACCUUGAGAUGAUCAUCAGUCGGUUUGUCUGUUUCGUUUUACUUUGUUGUGGAGGAAGAAGGUGAUGCAAUGCCAAUUUUAAGUCUGAUCUGAUGCUCGGUUGGUUUUGUUGUAUAUGGUUUCACACAUCAGGUGUCGCCCCUGGGACGUGUCACGACAACAAACAGUCCAGAAACAAUAUUUCAAUGUCCCGAAUUCUUGGUCGCUACUAGGAAAAGGAAAGCAAGAGAUCUUGUGAUUGUGUAUAGGCAAGCAAUUUGAACGAAUCGCCAGGAUGAAGAUGUAAUAAUGUAUGAUAUAGAAAAUGAUGCUAAAAGCAGGCUAUGCAAUGACUAAUAUCAGC